AUGGCGACCUCUGUCAAUGUACCAAAGAGGCCCACGGAAUUCGGCCUGUCUCCCUCGCCGCCAAGAAAGAGACGGCGUACUCCAAGCAGCAUCUUGAACAACACGCAGAUGGAUUAUGAUCUCGCUGAAGUGACUAUAAGGUUUGACCAGCUUGCGUGGGAUCGGGACAACAUGGCGGUCGAGCAGGAGGCCCUGGAUAAAAGACUGGAAGAGAAAGAUUUGGAGUUCAGCAGUCUCAGAUGGUGA